GCAAGACACCCAUUGCAAAGCUAUACCCUCCCUCAUUAUACCUCUUCACAUUCAACUAGCGGGUUUCCUGGGAAGUUUUCAUAUUGAAGACGUAACAAUAUGGUCUCAAAGCUGCGACGUCUCGCAGCAGACCAUGCAGCACUGCAUGAAGAGCUUCCCCCAAACUAUCUUUUUCCACCCGACGAUGCGCAUUCUUCUUCCUCAGACGACAUCACACAACUUACGACCUUGCUGGCAGGUCCACAGGGUACACCAUAUUCCCAAGGCCUGUGGCGGUUACACUUGAAGCUACCAGAAGACUACCCGAAGAGUCCGCCAAAAGCCACGUUCCGGACGCGGAUAUGGCAUCCCAAUGUGGAGGAAUCGACGGGUGCGGUAUGCGUGGACACACUGAAGAGGGAUUGGAAGUCGACCUUGACGUUGAAGGAUGUUUUGAUUACAAUUUCAUGUCUUCUUAUAUACCCGAACCCGGACUCAGCGCUGAACUCUACGGCUGGAGCGUUGCUUCAAGAAAAUUACGAUGCUUUUGCUCGUCAAGCCAAGUUGAUGACGUCGAUACACGCCCCAACCCCGGGCGAUAUGCGGAGCGAAGUAAUGGAGGCAAAAAUGCGGGGAGAGGAAAAUGGCACAACGGUCCCCGAACAGGAAGAUACGUCGCGGUCUCUACGCUCGCUCAAGGGGACAAGGGUACAAACCGUGACGAUGAAAAAGAAACCGGCGCGGAAAGAAGCCAACAGGGCUCAGUCUCAAGAUGCAGAGAAUACCUAUCCACACCAUGAACCACUAGAGCAACAAUUCUCAGAUGAUGAGAAUGAAAAUCCAACCUGUGCAUCAAAAGAAAACGACCCAUCACUAUCCCCGUCACCUGUCAAACUGGCUCCGCCAUCUAGCCCCAGGAAAAACGCCCAUGGCAAACGCCCACUCUCCGUCCUUACAACUUCCAUGGACAUAGAACCCUCCUUCAUGGAGCAUGAAGAUAUGGACACAACAGACGGCAUGACAGCUUCAGAGCGCAACAUCGCCGCGAACACAACACCAACCCGUGACAUCCAAGAACGGGACUCCUCCCCGCAACGAAAAUCCCCGAAACUUUCCCUCCUCAACAGGGGCCUCAACAAUCACGUCCCCUGGCCUCUCCGAGAAGAUAACAGUAUAAGUCUAGACUUGAAAAUCUACGAAGACGACGAAUCUUCAGGCUCGGACUCACAUCGUUCGAGUAGCAGUAGCAGAGAUGGCAAAGAGAACCCAAGUUCCUCUUUUUCACGCGGUCCUUUUAAAGACCAGGACCUCGACCCUGUCGCAUUGAAAACGCAACAGUACUCUGAACGUGCUCACCCUCUCACAAUCCUUAACUCGUCUUCCAACACACCCCACCCAUAUUCUUCAGGCUCAUCAUCGAGCCUGCUGGAAAAGCCCGUUUCUGGAACGCGCAAGGUUUCGGGUUCGGGACUGAAGAAGGCGAAACCCCGUAUUGGAAUUCGCAGGCUGUGAAUAGUACUGGCUUGGUAAAAGCGAUAAGUUACGACUUUUCGGUAGUUGUUGAAUCGGGGUGUCCGGGUUGGGUACAUUAGUGAAUCUUUUUUAACGAACCCAAAGCAUGCUGGCGUUACUUUAUGGUGUCUUGGACUUGAAUCGGUUGGCUUGAGGCAUCCCCUGCGAGAAGCAUUUAUUUUUGGGAGCAUUUGGUUAGGGUUUGUGGCCUUGGAUUGGUUAUUGUAUAUUAUUCGUUGACGCAAAUCACCCCAGUCUUCGUCGGCUAUUCUACCUCGCUGAAUCACCUUUUAAUAUUAUAUACGUAAUAGUGUUCUUCUCCCAUUUUGGGCCUA